GACUGGUGCAUUCAAAAACAUCUCGACUGAACUGAGCUGAGCUGCAGAGACGGCGAAGUUAGCCCAACAUUUCGACUGUAAAUAAUUUUUUGUAGACUGCUUAUUUUCUGGCCUUUUAUCGAAUCUGAGUUCCAGGUUCACCAGCAUGUAUCGCGGUGUGCUGUUUUUGGGGAUUCUGUUCACAUGCCAGGUGCUCAGGUCUCAGAGUCAGGACUGUGUGAGCAGACAGGAGCUGCAGAGCACUCUUCGACAGGUCCACAAGCUGCUCUCAGCUCACGAGACGUCAUUCUUGCAAAACCUACGCAGCCUCCGCAAGAAACUGAGUCUGCUACAGAGCAGCACAGUCAAACCAAGCAACAACACUAGCACAGGAUGUUUGCCUCCAGAGCCUCCAGCCAAUGGCAGGAUGCUGGGCAGAGUGUUCCGGGUUGGCCAUGAAGUUCACUUUCUCUGUAGCCCCGGUUUUCGGCUGACAGGGGCGGAGACAAGGGUGUGUCUGGAUUCCCUCGCCUGGAGUGGAGAGCAGGCAGCUUGCAAGGCUGUAGAUUCUGGGAUAAACAAUGAUGCUACUUCCUCUAUGGCCACAUCUACCUCAUCCUCUUCCCGACCCUUGAUGUCGGCCUAUGUCCGUCCCUCCCGCUGCAUUGAGGUCCAGGGCUCCAAGCACUGCACCUGUGAGCAGGGCUACAGCAUCUAUAGCCAGGACAGAGGCCUGUGCACAGACAUAGACGAAUGCGAGCUCUUCCGGCUGACUCAACCUGGCCGUCUUUGUAUGCACACCUGUGUGAACACGGCCGGGAGCUACCACUGUCAAUGUCCUGUGGGGUACUCUCUCAGCAGAGACAGCAGGAGCUGUCAAGAUAUUGAUGAGUGUGAGAGGGCUGCUCACAACUGUACAAAGGAGCAAGUGUGCGUGAACACAUUUGGAGGUCACCGCUGUAUUGAGGUUGAGUGCCCUCGUUUCCUCAAUGCUUCCUACGUGAAAACAUCACCGUUACGCUGUGAGCGUAAUCCAUGUCUCGAGGGGGACAAAGCGUGCCUCCAGGCUCCUGUCUCUGUGAACUUCCACUUCAUGUCAGUGGUGUCAAACAUGACUGCUCCACGGGUGCUGUUCCGUGUGUCUGCAGCGCGUGUGCUGGGGGACACAUUGCGUUUUGGUCUGCUGGGAAACCGGGGAGGAGCGCACUUUGCCGUCCAGCGCUCAGGCAAGCAGACUGGACAACUGCUGUUGGUGGACACCAUCCAAGGUCCUGCCACACUGGAGGCCGAGGUAGAGAUGAGCGAAUUGGAGAGGAGAAUGCUGCUGGGUCGAUAUGUGACCAGAGUUACUCUGUUUGUGUCCCCAUAUACCUUCUGAUAUGAGGAGCAAGAAGGAAAUGGACUAGACCAUGUUAAAGCUCGCUGGAGAGCAAAGUGAUUGUGAUAUCCGAGACCAGAUAGGACUGUGUUCUUGUACCUGCCUUACAGGUAAUAUUGAAAGUAGUUGAGAAAUGAAGAUUUUAUCAUGCCUAUGAAGAGCUACUCUUGCUUUAGUUUUUUGACCUUACAGUAUUUGAUAUCUGUAUUUUGUCUUUCUCCAGUUCUGGCUAAAGGAAAAGGUAUACAUAUACCAUCUUUGAAAUGUAAAUGUUUUGCGAUAUGAAGUUUAAAGGCUUUUAAGAAGAAUCCCAAGCGUCUGAGUGAAAGAUAUUUUUGGUUAAAUGCUUCACAAUGAAAGAGUGGCUUGCUAAAAUUUUACGAUAAGUGCUUUAACUUGUUUUUCAACCCGCUUGAAAAUAUUGCAUCUGCCAAACCAAAAACACUACUCUAGAUUUUGGGCUACGGUAAAUCAUAACAUAAGCAGCCUCAAAAAAACAUGUGUAUGGCUCCACUAAGUGAGGGUUGAAUGUCAGAAGCCCACUGAAAAGAAUUUUUCACCUUAGUGCCAGACUGCCAAAGCCUUGACCUCCCAGACCUCUGUUCAAUGCACAACAUUUAUCUCUGCAAAGAACUACAUAAGGCAUUCAAACACACAGUAGUACACACAUUCACACACACUCCAUCUCAGACUCCAACACCUAUUUGCUGAAAAGCAGGCAAGACAAGACAACAAGACUUUCUGCAACAGCUUUAAAUUCUUGCUGGAGAAUGAUUCACAUGAAGUCUUUUCUGAAAUUAGCCUGAUUUUUUUUAUGUAUUAUGUAAACACUUGUGAAACAAUGAAAAACAACACCUACAGCAUUUAACACUGAAGUUAUAAGGGAUGUUUCAGCACAGACUACUUUUUGAACGAAGCACACUACAGGACAUCCAAUCAGAAAAGAGCUCAUUUACAUAUUAUCACAGUCUAAAAGGCACAGUACUGUUUGAUUCUAAGGGAUAAAGAGGAAUUAGAAAAUGACAAAAAUAAACUAGAAGCACAGAUCAAAUUUUAAACAAA